AUGGCCACGAUAUCGACACAGCUCCGUAACUUUAAGGAGCCAGACAAAGACCAGCAGACUCAGCUAUUCUUCGCAAUCCCACACGAACAUGUCAAAGCUGCGAGCGAGACGGGGCCCAAUGAGGGACACGAGUCUAUGGAGAUCAGUGCUGUAUUGAGCUUGGGCGUGCAUGGCGAGGAGGACUCCUACGCCGGUAAACUGCACCUUUUGCCGCCAUACCUGGCGUUUGUGAGCUUAGAUCGCAAGUCCGUCAGAUUCACCAUUCCACUAUGCACUGUCCGUCGCGUCGAGCGCUUGAAUGCGCGCGCCGGUAUAUACGCGCUCAGUCUUUCUCUAUGGCAUGGGAUGAAGAUCAUCGUCCAGCUAACAUCUCUCCGUCCUACCGCGGAUCUCUUCUGUUCCCUGUUGCGUGAUGCACUCAAAGCAGAAUUGCAGGCUGGAAAGAUGAAGUCUGUCAAGGGAUUCGCCAAGACAUGUUAUACAGAAAAUCUCGUUUCCGGCUCGUCCACUGUCGCUGAUAACGAAAGGGAGGACGGAAGCCUGAUUGACGGGGGUGAAGCGGUAGCGGAUGGAUUUACUAGCACACGUUCCUUUCACGGGGGACUAGGGCUCAAAUUCAAGUUUCCUGGUGACCCAAAAAAGUUGCGUGAGGCAUCCAAGACAAAGCUGUGGACGAACUACCUCAAGGUCCAUGGCCGUCACCUCACGCUUCUGCGCUACCCACAAAGCACGCGUCUCGUACAGGUAGGCUUGCCCAAUCGCCUACGAGGUGAAAUGUGGGAGACUCUCUCUGGUUCUAUCUUCCUCCGAUUCUACAAUCCUGGUGUCUACGAGCGCAUACUCGAAGAGAACAAGGGCCGCAUCAAUACGAGCACUGAAGAGAUUGAGAAGGACCUGCACCGAAGUUUACCCGAGUAUUCCGCAUAUCAGUCCGAAGACGGGAUUAGCGCACUCAGGAGAGUGCUGCAAGCUUACUCGUUUAAGAAUCCCGAGACGGGAUAUUGUCAGGCUAUGAACAUCCUUGCGGCGGCCAUUCUUAUCUAUAUGUCAGAGGAGCAAGCGUUCUGGCUUCUGGAAGUCAUCUGUGACCGUUUGCUACCAGGAUAUUACAGUAUGUCGAUGCAUGGAACACUUUUGGAUCAGCGGGUAUUCGAGUCGCUGGUGGCUCGGUGUCUGCCGAUCCUUCAUGAACACUUCACAGAAGUGGAUGUUCAGCUUUCUGUUGCAUCCUUGCCAUGGUUUCUUAGCUUGUUUAUCAAUAGCAUGCCUAUGGUGUUUGCAUUCCGAAUAGUUGAUUGCUUUUUCUGCAUGGGCCCGAAGGUCCUGUUCCAAGUCGGCAAAGCAAACAUUCAUUUGCCAGCUAUAUUGAAGAUUAACGGCGAGAAACUCCUACAGAUCCAGGAUGAUGGAGGUUUCAUUCACUUAAUGCGCGAUUACUUCAGUUCUCUGGGGGAAUCUGCGCAUCCACACUCUACCGACCCACGCGCUCGCGCAAUCACUCGGUUCCAAGAGCUUCUCCUCGUAUCGUUCCGUGAAUUCGCUAUCAUCACCGAUGAGACGAUCCAGGCUGAGCGUCGCAAAUUCCGCAACGAGAUCAUCACUAGCAUCGAGUCGUUCUCAAAGCGUUCGGCGAUCCGAAAUUUGAGGACACUGGAGAGGUUCACGAAGGACCAAGCUGGAUUCAUCUACGACGCUCUGUUCAAGGCAGUUUGCAUAGAGCCGCCUCCCGUGGCGAUCCAACCACCACCAUCGUUAUUGACAACCAAAGAUGCAGUAGAGGAGAGGCCUGAGACGAGGAUUGAGCUCAAAACUUUCAGAGUUUUCUUGAGCGAAAUAGCGACAUGGGCGAGAGAUGAGAAGAUAGUCACGAACGGGUUCCAGGACCUUGUGUCCGGUCUCGACGGGGUGAUGUUCAACGAUCUCAUGGAGAACAUUGAAUGGUUCUUCAACCUGCACGAUAAGAAUAAGGAUGGAUUUCUCACCAAGGAUGAGGUUCUCACACUGUCCGAAUCCAUGCUGUUUAUAUUCAGGUUCGAGAUUGGCGAUGCGUAUCUUGGCGCUAUCAGUCGAUUCAUGUCAAAUGCCUUCGAAUACGGAGAUGCUCUUCUUCCUAGAUCGGAGGGCGAGGAAGAAGGAGAGACUUCCCCGCAAAUCGAGUCUAAUCAACCUUAUCUCAACCUCGCCACCUUCCGGAUGGUCGUCCUCGCGGAUGAGGUACUCGAGUCGUUCUUCGAAACCGACCUCUCGGUCUCGUUUAGAUUGGAGCCAGUGCCUUUGAUGGAGCUGCCACCGUCCAACAGUGGGUUCCUCGGUGGGCUGUGGUCGAACAUCGUGUCGGACGACAAUAAGAAGCUGUUCAAUAAAUUCAGCGACGAGCUCGGCAAGACAAUUGGGAAGCAUCAAAUCAUCCAUCGUCCAUCCAUCGGGCGAUACACAUCUGUCGAAGAACCGAGGGCGCGCGAGUCGCUACUGAUGCCCUCUAUGCGCCGGUCGUCGUCCAAGUCGAGUCUCUCACCCAGCACGACUAGCACUGUCGUUGCGAGCGAAUCGACUAUAUCAAUACCUUCUUCUGGGGCAAAAGCGCUGAGCGUAGAUACCAAGGGUACGAGCGAUGUGGAUGGGGCAGCGCAGUUGAGCCCGAUGCCUCCUAUGGCGUUGGUAGAGGCUGCAAACGCCGCAUUGAUGGAGAGAACGCCAUUCGCAAUUGAUGACGCGAAGGAUGAUGAGGAUGACGAAGAUGAGGAGGAAGAGGAUGAGGAGGAUGACGGAGUCAUGGACGAGGUUGAUGCAUUCCUAGAGGCGCACGAUUCCGGCCUAACAGACGCUGACAAGCAGCUGGCAAAAGAUUUAAUCAAUGCAGAGCCAGUCAAAUAAUUCAGUGUUCUCUCGCUCAUCACAAUUUCUGCCCCUUUAUUUGCUUGCUCAGGCAAACUGAAGCGACUGAUCAAUUUUCGUCGUGUUGCUAUCCUCGCACAUAUCUUGUAUCACUACCCACAUGCAUGAAAAUGAUUUCCUUGGAGCCAUUGUACUCUUC